GCAUGGAUCCCAAACAUGGAUGUGAUGAAUGAGAAGAACCUGACCCAGGGUGACCCCACCAGCACCUUCUCUAACUGCUGCACGCAGUCAGACGUCCCAGACGAGGGAGCUUUGUUAAAGGGCCUGGAGGACAGCACGCAGCUGCUCGGGGUUCAGGUGGUCCUCAUCCUCGCCUACAGCACCAUCAUCCUGUUCGGCGUGAGCGGGAACUCUUUGGUCAUUUACGUCGUGUACAAGUUCCGGAACCUGCACACGGUCACCAACUUCUUCAUCGCUAACCUGGCGGUAGCAGACCUGCUGGUGAACGCGCUGUGCCUGCCCUUCACCCUGAUGGCCACGCUCUCGGGGGAGUGGAAGUUCGGCCAGGUGAUGUGUUACCUGUUACCGUACGCCCAGGGCCUCGCCGUUCACGUGUCCACCAUUACGCUGAGCGUGAUCUCGCUGGACCGCUACCGCAGCAUCAUCCACCACACCGAGACAAAGAUGUCUAAAGACAUGUGCAGGGUGGUCAUCAUCAUCACCUGGAUAGCCAGCGCCGGGCUCGCCAGCCCUCUGGCCAUCUUCCGUGAGUACGUGACCUUUGACCUGACGCCAGAGCGCACUAUCCAGGGCUGCGUGGAGAAGUGGCCGGGCAGCAGCGCGGACGGAACCGUGUACAGCGUCGCUACGUUCCUGCUGCAGUACGGCCUGCCCCUGUCCGUCAUCUCCUACGCCUACGCCUGCAUCUGGAGCAAGCUCAGGAAGCACGUCAGCCCCGCGGGAGGACACAGCGAGCGACACCGCCGCCGGCAGAAAACCACCAAGAUGCUGGCGGCCGUGGUGGCCGUGUUCGCCGUCAGCUGGCUCCCGUUCCACGCCUUCCAGCUGGCCGUGGAUAUCGACAGCAGCGUGCUGGACAUGAAGGAUUUUAAGCUGCUCUACACGGCGUUCCACAUCAUCGCCAUGUGCUCCACGUUCGCCAACCCCAUCCUGUACGGCUGGAUGAACCGGAACUACCGGGACGCCUUCGCCGCGGCGUUUCAGUGUGCUCCAGCCAAGGGCGUGCUGAGGAGGGUGCAGAGCAGGGACACGGUGAGGGACAAGGCUCUGAAAUGCACCAUCACCACACUGUCUCAGGACAACGGACACCUGUAG